CUGCAUUCGCGACUUCAGCCUCGCCUCGUUGAAACAACGUCCAAAAAUCAACUCCAGCAAACUCAACAUCGCCUUCCUUGUCAAGAGAGCCAGAAGCUUUGGGAUCCAGACUAUUAUACUGCCAGUACGACUGUAUUCCGUAUUGGAUACUCGACGUACAAUUAGAUCUUGUCGGCUGCCUGUUGUCUGAUUCACCUGUAACAUGGCUUCACCACCAUACAACCACAGCUACCCCUCCGCUAUUUCACCUCCAUACCCUCCCAACGCGCAACUCCCAGCUCCUUUAAAGCGCAGACAAUCGGACAUGCCAUCCGCCGCGCCUGCCAUAAAACGCCGCAAAGCUUCCAUGCUCUCUACCACAUCCGCAACUUCCUCAGCACAUCCCCUUCGUCAAACCUCCUUCCCACCCGAGAACAACGGCCGCACACCUACCUUCUCGCGCUCACCCAGCAUGGAUACCAUGUCACUCGUCUCUGGCUCCGGCGCAAAGAAGAAGAAGCCUCGCAAAUCGAAGGGCAAAGAUGCGGACAACUCUUCGGUGGCGGGCACACGCGCAAAGUCGGUGGUGUCGAACGGGGGAAGAAGCAAGCGCCGCGCAAGUAGGGAUCAGACUGCGGAGGAAGAAGAUGACGACGAUGGCGGUGAUAAUAUCACGAUGGAUAUGGCUGCGGCAUCGCAUGAAGACAAGGCGAAAGAGGAUAAGAGGAGACAUAUUCUGACACAGUCAUUCACGCCAGAGCAAUUCGCGAGGUAUGAAGCUUGGAGAAGUAGUAAGCUUCCAGAUGCCGUGGUUAGGAGAAUCGUCAACCAAACACUUUCUCAAUCCGUACCACCUGGUGUCAUUCUAGCAGUCAAAUCGGCGACCAAAAUAUUCGCUGGUAAUCUUAUCGAGGGCGCGAGAAAAGUUCAGACUCAAUGGAUCGAGGCCACUGGAGACAGACAGAUCGAUCUCCCUAGCCCGCCGGCGGAGGAUGAUGUGCCGCCGGAAAAGGAGAAGAGGAGAGGUCCUUUACUUCCAGAUCAUCUACGAGAGGCUUUCCGGAGGCAUAUGAUGGAGGCUGAUGGAGGUCUGGUUGGACAGUUGGGACUGUGGCAACAGCAGCAGCAUAGCGGGGUGGAGCGAUUUGGGGUUAAGGUCCAGGGCAAGCGACUGCUGAAGUAAGACGGCACUGGAGGCAUCAUAAUCUAGGGUGUUUGUGCGGCUACUCUCAGCGGACCAAACACUGUUGCUAAUUCUAUGCUAUGCAAUGGAACGGGCAAAGAGCCUUACUUCCAAAUCUCCUGCAUCUUUCGCAAGUUCGAUAACUUCAGCUUUUUGGACAAGUAUUUUCAAAAUCCAUAAGCAGUCAAACCUUUCUACCAUGUGUUAUAAUCAUUCGCUCAUGUUCUUGAUUUUCGCGGCAGAUAAGUUCAAUAUCGUGAGCUCUUUGGUAUGUUCCAAAUUAAAAAUGACAGGAUCUGAAUGUUCAUAAGAGAAUGUCUCCAAUCAAAUGUGUGCCAUUCAUAUGGAUGGAGAGUCAUUGCGAUGGCGAGGAGUUCCUACCAUGGCUCUGUCAAGUGCAUUCGUCUCACGUUUUCAAUGCCAACUUUUGGAAUUUGCCACCUCAGACUACAGUAGAUCUGCGCCAUGAGUGAUGAAGCAUUGACUGCUUUGAACAAAGAUUUUUGAGAAUAUCCAGAAGCUUAGUUGCUGGACGAUGCUGAGGAUAAAGCACUAUUGAUCAUUCUUGAGUGUCCCGUAUGAAUCAUAACGUUCCAAUUGUUAAUUUGGAUUAUUUCAUGGUGGCUAGGAGAGAAAAGAAGGUGCGAGUGAACUUUUAAACUCAGCAAUUCCCAAUUGCGGAAGUGUCGCGGGAAGUAGGCAGCUCCGACAUUCAUACAACUCAGGCGGUGCCGUAAUGAAUAUGCCGCCACAAAGUACCAUCUUACACGCUUAUCCAUGCUAUUCAGAGUGACUGUCAUGCUUUCUUCCGGAACUUUGGUGCUAUGAUGAAGAGUGCUGCUAAAAAAUCGUUGGUGGAGCGGCUG